AUGGUUGUGAAGAAAGAGUACAACAUUGAUUGGGUCUUGCCCAAACUCAGGAACCGACGGAUAAUUUGGAACGUUGCGUCUUGCAUCACGUUAGCUGCCGUCGGUAUAUUCAGCAAGAUUUUCAUCAAAUGGUUCAACAAGGCAAAAGUGUACAACCUUGUCUCAUUUGACAAAGCGAUCAAUCGACCCAAGCACAUACCACUCAUUACAGUAUCUAAUCACGACUCAUGUUUUGAUGAUCCUGGCAUUUGGGCUGCACUUGGUUGGAAGAAUUUAAUAAUGUCAAAUAAAAUGCGCUGGGCAUUGGCCGCUAAUGACAUAUGCUUUACAAACCCAUUUUGUGCACAUUUUUUUAUGCUUGGACAGUGUGUGCCGACCAUUCGAGGUGCCGGAGUAUAUCAGGAAGCAGUUAAGUUUGGUGUAGAACUGUUGUCUAAAGGUAAAUGGCUACAUGUUUUCCCUGAGGGUCGUGUUAAUAUGAGCAAAAACUACAUACGCCUAAAAUGGGGAGUCGGUCAAAUGAUAUAUGAAUCUCCUAUAUUGCCUAUUGUUGUACCUAUUUGUCAUGUUGGAAUGGAAACUAUAUUGCCUAAUGAACCGCCAUACUAUUUACGAACUGGUCGUAAGGUAACAUUUAAUUUUGGUGAGCCUAUAGAUUUAAAAGAGUUAGUCUCAAAAUUGAAAGAAUCCAAUGUGACUGAGGAGGAAGCUCGUAAAUUAAUUACAGAAAAAAUUGAAGAAGAAUUGUAUAAAUUACAAAAAGACACAAUAUUGUUACACAACAAGUUAAAUUCUUGA